AUGGAAAGUGAAAAAGAUAACUCAUUCUGCAAACAAAUCCCCGAUCUCUUUUCUUCCUUCGUCGACACUUUCGUUGACUUUUCAGUCAGCGGCCUCUUCCUCCUCCCACCGCCGUCAUCUCCGCCGCCUCCGCCUCCCACUCGUCUCCCCUCCCCGCAACGUCUCAUCGCCAUCGGCGACCUCCACGGCGACCUCAAGAAAUCCAAAGAAGCUCUCCGCAUCGCCGGCCUCAUCGACGCAUCCGACCGCUACACCGGCGGCUCAGCCACUGUGAUCCAAGUCGGCGACAUCAUGGACCGCGGCGGCGACGAGAUCAAAGUCAUUUACCUGAUGGAAAAACUGAAACGCGAAGCGGCGCGUUACGGCGGGAGAAUCGUUACCAUGAAUGGUAACCACGAGAUCAUGAACGUGGAAGGUGAUUUCCGGUUCGCGACGAGAAGCGGUGUUAAAGAGUUUAGGGUUUGGUUGUAUUGGUUCCGUGAAGGUAACAAAAUGAAGAGCCUCUGCAAGCGUUUGGAGCCGGUUAAAGAUCCGUUAGACGGUGUUCGCGUCACGUUUCGUGGCGUGAGGAAGAAGUAUCACGACGGGUUUAGGGCUAGGGUUGCGGCGUUGAGGCCGAACGGUCCGAUUUCGAGAAGAUUCUUUUCGCAGAAUGUUACUGUUUUGGUUGUUGGAGAUUCGAUUUUUGUUCAUGGUGGUUUGUUGCAAGAGCAUGUUGAUUAUGGUUUGGAGAAGAUUAAUAGGGAAGUUAGUGAUUGGUUUAAGGGUUUGUAUGGUCGGUUUUCGCCACAGCAUUGCCGUGGGAAGAAUGCAGUUGUUUGGUUAAGGAAAUUCUCGGAUGGGAAUUGCGAUUGUUCGAGUCUUGAGCAUGUUUUGUCGACGGUUCCGGGUGUUAAGAGGAUGAUUAUGGGGCAUACGAUUCAGACGGGAGGGAUUAACGGUGUUUGUGGAAACAAGGCUAUUCGAAUCGAUGUUGGUAUGUCGAAAGGGUGUGGUGGUGGUUUGCCUGAGGUUUUGGAGAUUGAUAGGAUUGCAGGGGUUAGGAUAUUGACAUCGAAUACUUUGUAUCAGGGUAUUCAAGAAAAUGUUGAUGUUAUGAUGGAGGAAGAAGGGCUUGGGAUGUUGGUUAAUAAGCAACAUGAUAGACCUAGGCAAGUGGAAGUGAAGGCUUAA